AUGGCGCUGAGCAGGCUCCCGCUGCCCCCCGGGUGUUGCGCCUCCUCGGGCCGGGAGAGACCAGCCUGCGGCCUCUUGUCCCCACUGAGAUAUCAGCUGAACUUCCCGGAUUGUGGUCCUGCCUGCACAUCGCGAGCCCUGCUGGCCCUCACCGUGCCGCUGGAGACACUGCAGGUGGUGAAGGGCCGCAUGAUGCAGGACAUGCGCAAGGGGCUGUGCCGCCAGACACACACGCAGGCCUGUAUGCGGAUGCUGCCCACCUUCAUCUGCUCCAUGCCCGACGGCACCGGAUACCGCCUCUGCUUCUCUGCAGAAAAGGGCAGCUUCCUGGUGGUGGAGCUGUGCCAGAAUUAUGUCCGGACCCUGUUGGUGACCCUCCUUGGCGAUGGGAACCGGAACCCCGAAGUGAUCUACAAGAUCUUCGACAUGCCAGAGGACAUUGUGCGGGGCACGGGGGAAGCGCUCUUUGACUUCAUUGCACAAUGUGUGAAACAAUUCCUGGCUGGCGUUGACAUCUCCCAGGAUCGCCUCCCCUUGGGCUUCGUCUUCCCCUUCAGCUGCAGGCAGACAAAGCUGGACAAGGCUGAACUCAUCUCCUGGUCCAAGGGCUUCUGCUGCAGUGAUGUGGAGGGGAAGGAUGUUGUGGAAUUGCUGCAGGUGGCCAUCAACAAGCAGGAGGUCUACAAUGUGGAAGUUGUUGCCCUACUGAACGAUACUGUGGGCACCAUGAUGAGCUGCAGCACGAGGGAUAAAGCCUGUGAGGUUGCCUUAAUCUUGGGCUCAGGCACCAACUGCUGCUUCAUGGCUGAGGCACGGGAGGUGGAGAUGGUGGAGGAGACCAGUGGGCGGAUGUGUGUCAACACCGAGUGGGGCUUGUUCGGGGAUGAUGGCGCCCUGAGUGACAUCCUGACCCCCUAUGACGUGCGUUUAGACCAGGAAACCUUCAACCCUGGGGAGAGGAGGUUUGAGAAGCUGGUGGGUGGUGUGUACCUGGGGGAGAUUGUCCGGCACGUGCUGAUGGCCCUGGCUGUAGAGAAAGCACUCUUCAUUGGGAGCAAUGUCACCAUCCUGAGGACCAAGGAUGUGAUCAGCACCCAGCAGGUCCUGGAUAUCAUCGACCACGAGGAAGGCAUGGAUGCAGCAAGGAGGACGCUGGAGACUCUGGGGCUGGGGCCGAGUGAGCGGGAUUGCUGCCGGGUGCAGCAGCUCUGCCGGGCAGUGGUGAGUCGCGCCGCCGCGCUCUGCGGCACCGGGCUGGCUGCCAUCCUCACCCACAUGUGCCAGGCCCGGGAGAUGGAGCAGAUGGCUGUCAACGUGGGGGUGGACGGUGUAUUGUACCAGGGACACACCAGGGUUGGGGAGAUCCUGCGGAGUGUGACAGGGCUGCUGGCCCCUGAGUGCACAGCCACCCUCCUGCCCUCUCCAGAUGGCACUGGGCUGGGGGCUGCCAUAGUGACAGCGGUGGCUUUGCGCCUGGCAUCCCAGCGCUGCCAGGUGGACCAGGUGCUGGCCCCACUGCGGCUCAGCCGUGCUGACCUGGAGCGUGUCCAGGCACUGAUGAGGCAGGAGAUGGAGCUGGGGCUGGGCCAGGAGACCCACGCCAACGCCUCCGUCCGCAUGCUGCCCACCUACGUCUGUGGCACGCCUGAUGGCAGCGAGAAAGGUGAAUUUCUGGCACUGGAUCUGGGGGGGACCAAUUUCCGGGUGCUGGCAGUGCAUGUGGGGAAGGACGGCAUCCGCAUGGCCAGUGAUAUCUACAUCAUCCCAACCAUCAUCAUGCAGGGCACCGGCGAGGCGCUCUUUGACCACAUCAUCGAGUGCAUCAUGGACUUCCAGCAGAAGCAGGACCUGGUGGGGCAGACCCUGCCACUUGGCUUUACCUUCUCCUUCCCCUGUCAGCAGCUGGGCCUGGAUAAGGCAGUGCUGCUGAACUGGACCAAAGGCUUCAAUGCCACAGGCUGUGUGGGGAAGGAUGUGGUCCAGAUGCUGCGGGAGGCUGCUCAGCGCAAAGAGCACUCAGGGCUGAAGGUGGUGGCUGUGGUCAAUGACACAGUGGGAACCAUGAUGUCCUGUGGCUAUGAUGACCCCAAAUGUGAAAUCGGCCUCAUUGUGGGCACAGGGACCAACGCCUGCUACAUGGAGGAGAUGCAGAACGUGGGCACUGUGGAGGGGGAGCAGGGCCGCAUGUGCAUCAACAUGGAGUGGGGGGCCUUCGGGGACAACGGCUGCCUGGAUGACAUCAUCACCAACUUUGACCGGCUGGUGGAUGAGAAAACAAUCAACGCGGGCAAGCAGAGGUUUGAGAAGCUCAUCAGCGGCAUGUACCUGGGUGAGAUCGUGCGCCACAUCCUACUGGCACUCGUGAGCAAACAGCUCCUGUUCCGUGGCAAGCCCUGUCCCCAACUCGAGACCAAGGACAUCUUCAAGACCAAGUUCCUCUCCACCAUCGAGUGCGAUGGGCUGGGCCUGCAGCAGGUACAGACCAUCCUGCAGGACCUGGAGCUCCAGGCCAGCUUUGAGGACAGCUUGCUGGUGCGGGAAGUGUGCAAAACCGUAUCCCUGCGGGCGGCCCAGCUUUGUGCCGCUGGCUUGGCUGCUGUGGUGGAGAAGAUGCGAGAGAACCGGGGCCUGGACAAGCUGUCUGUCACUGUGGGGGUGGAUGGCACCUUGUACAAAUUGCACCCAUGUUUCUCCCAGAACGUCCAGCAGGUGCUGCAGGACCUGGCACCCAACUGCAACGUCACUUUCCUGCUGUCAGAGGAUGGCUCGGGGAAAGGAGCUGCACUCGUGGCAGCCGUGGCCAGCCGUGGGGUUGAGCUCUAG